GGUUUCCACGUUAAGUCUUCACUAGUCUGUUGCAAUUAUCAGUAAGAAAGUAUUGGAUGGCUAAAAAGCUCCCUCUAACGGCAAUCAUUGAAGUUUUUCCUAAUCCAGACACAGAAACCAUGAAGAAAAUAAAUCAUCGACCAAAGGAACAGGACAUUCUUACAAAACACUGGGGACUUGUAAAGCAAUCUGUAGUUCUCAAUCAUAUCGUAGAUCCAUUGAUUGAAAAUCAUGUGAUCUCGGUAGACCAAUGGAUGGACCUGAAAAACAGACGAAUGACAGAACCAGAACGCAUGGAAGAACUUCUGUAUAUAAUACUCAAGUCUAAACAAGAUUCUGUAUUCAUAUUUCUGAAAGCUCUAAGAAAACGAGGAUACAAACACGUUGCAGAUGAGCUGGAAGGGAAAAUUUCAGUACAAGCUCCACCAACAACAUACGUUGGUAUAGCCGAUAAACGAGGAACAAUUACAAGAUUUAAGCAAGUUCCAGUGGUCAAAGACGAUAUCGUAGACUCAUACAAUAAUCCAUCACUGUCAUCUUCGGCGUCAUCAGAUGCUAGAAAUGAUGAUUCUGUUAAGCAAACUGACCUCGAAAAGAUGAAAGAUGAAAUUAAAGGAGAAUUAAGGCAGCUUCGUGCAAAUCUAGAAACAGAACGGAAAGAAGACAGGCAAGAAAUGAAAGAUCUCAAAAGACAACAUACUGACUUAAGGACAAACUUUGAAAAAAUACAAGCUGAGCGCACAGAACUAAAACGGAAAAUAAACGAUCUAUCAAAUAACGUCGACCAGUUAAAGACUAAUUUGGCAUCUAAGGAAAAGGAAUAUGCAGAUAUCAAACGGAAGAACAAUUUCUUGCUUGAAGAAUUGAGUAAAAAAUCGGAUGCAAUUAGCAAAGCUGUCCAAGAGAAAGAAAAAGAGAAAACUGACAUUGAAAAGAAACUGGAAACCAAAAAUGUCGAAUAUAAAGAACUGCAAGGGAUAUUGAACACCCUAAAAGAGGACCACGAAGAAAGGUUGGCAAGGUUGAAAUCAAUAAAUAAAGAAAAGAUCAGAUUAGAGCAGCAUGCGAAAACAUCAGAGAAACAGAAGAAAGACCUCGAAAUGCAGAUAAAAGCACUAGAGGACCAAAUUGCACGUUGCAAGAUAGAUCAUGAUAAAGAAACAAGCUUACUUCAGGAAGAUUUAGACAAUCAAACUGACGUUAUAUCUUCCCUUGAAAAAGAUAAAGUGAAACUAGAACAUAAAUUGAUAGAAAUUGAAGAGAAUAAUGAAGAUUUGCGUGAUCGGAAUGUUGUUUUACAAGAAAAACUUCAAAGCAGCGAGGAAGAAAACGCUAUAAUGAGAGCAAGACUGCAAGCUUUUGAUAUGAAGAAAUAUGCGGUGCCUCCGUACAAUGCUGUUGUACGAGGGAAAAAUUACAGGUCCUCAACACAGAGAUCAUCCUGGUCGUUAUUUGAAAAGAAAUGAUGUUUACAGGAUGUAGUUCGUGAGUUGUCACCUCCAGCUGGAGUAGAAUGUGUCAAAUAAAGAAUUUUGUUAUUACAAACAUGCAUUUGUUUCGACAUCAGACAU